AUGGAGAAUGCGAAACCAUUUGAAAAUGGACAAUAUUUGGACAUUUAUGGAAUUACACGGGACCAGGCUGGAGAAUAUGAAUGCAGUGCAGAAAAUGAUGUGUCAUUUCCAGAUGUGAAAAAAGUGAAAAUUGUCGUAAACUUUGCUCCUACGAUUCAGGAAAUUAAAUCAGGCACUGUGGCCCCAGGACGCAGCGGAUUGAUAAGAUGUGAAGGUGCAGGUGUGCCGCCUCCGGCCUUUGAAUGGUACAAAGGAGAGAAGAAGCUCUUCAGUGGCCAACAAGGAAUUAUUAUUCAGAAUUUUAGCACAAGAUCCAUUCUCACUGUUACCAAUGUGACACAGGAGCACUUCGGCAACUAUACUUGUGUGGCUGUCAACAAGCUAGGCACAACCAAUGCAAGCCUGCCUCUCAACCCUCCAAGUACAGCCCAGUAUGGAAUUACCGGGAGCGCUGACGUUCUUUUCUCCUGCUGGUACCUUGUGUUGACACUGUCCUCUUUCACCAGCAUAUUCUACCUGAAGAAUGCCAUUCUACAAUAA